GUAUGGAACUGUUACCAGCCCUGCUUCAGGAGUGCACGAAAUGAAAAUUGGCCCCAUCACCUUCCAGGUGGCCACUGGAGAUAUUGCUAAAGAAGCGGCAGAUGUGAUUGUGAAUUCAACAACAAAGACAUUUGAUCACAAAGCAGGGGUCUCCAAAGCAAUUUUGGAAAAGGCUGGACAAAAUGUGGAAACAGAAUGUUCUCGCCUAGCUCAACAGCACAACAAUGGUUAUAUAAUUACUGAUGGUGGAUCACUGAAUUGCAAGAAUAUUAUUCAUGUCGCUGGGGAAGCUGAUGUCAAGAGAUCAGUUACCUGUGUUUUGCAAGAGUGUGAAAAACUGAAUCACUCGACCAUUUGCCUCCCAGCCAUUGGGACAGUCAUUUUUAUUUGCCUUUCCAGGAAGUGCUCAACAAGACCCAGAUAAGGUUGCUGAAGCCAUAUUGGAUGCCAUUGAAGACUUUAUCCAGAAAGGACUUGUCCGGUCUGUGAAAAAAGUUAAAGUUGUUAUCUUUCAGCCUCAAAUAAUGGAUGUUUUUUGUGCCAACAUGAAAAAAAGAGAAGGCUCCCAGGCUCCCUCACAGUCUAUAAUGUCUAAAAUUGCAUGUGAGUUGUUGAUUUUUAUGAAAUGCACGUUCCUAAUGUUGAGGUCAUAUGAGAAAUAGCUAAAAGUCUACACUAUUUUUUGUGGUCAUUUAUUAGCUUCCCCUGGUUUUAUUGAGAUAUAAUUGAUAUAUAUCACUGUUUAAGAUGUACUGCAUAAUGGUUUGACUUUACAUAUGUUACUGCAGUAUGUUUAGUUAGUAUCCAUCAUCUCAUAUAUGUCGUAAAAAGAGAAAGCAAAAUGAUUUUUUUCCCUUGUGAUGAGAACUCAUAGAAUUAACAGCUUUCAUAUAUAUCAUACAGGUGUGUUAAGUAUAGUCAUCAUGCUGUACAUUAUAUCCUUGGUCAUUAUUUAUCUUGUAACUGGAAGUUUGUACAUUUGACCUCUUUUUUCAAUUUCCCCUUCCCCCAAUCUACCUCUGGUAACCAUAAAUCUGAUCU